AUGUCGGCCACACAGCUCGCGGUGCUCACCACGCCGGUGCACCCUGCACGUCGUCCAGACGACGAUGACGCGCGCACACGCCCAUCACUGCCGUCCCCGGCUGCACCGCCCCCGGCACCGCCUCCGCCUCGCCAACACAAAAAUGGCGCCCUUGUCGUCGCCGCGUUCGCCAUCACCUUUGUCGCCGUCGGCAUGCCCAACUCGUUUGGCAUCUUCCAGGACUACUACGCGUCCACGCUCUUCCCGGACACGCCGCCCGCGCAGAUCAUCCUGGUGGGCUCGCUCGCGUCGAGCCUCUACAUGAUCCUGGGCGCGCCCGCCGGACGCUUUGCCGACCGCUUCGGAUACGACGUGGCCGUGCUGGUGGGCGCCGUUCUGGUCGUCGCCGGCCUCUUUGCCGCCAGCGUCUGCACCCGCUUCUACCAGUUCCUGCUGGCGCAGGGCGUCACCUUUGGCCUCGGCGCCGCCUUCGUCUACUACCCGGCCGUCAGCGUGUCGCGCCGCCUGUUUGCGCGCCGCCACGGCGUGGCCAACGCCGUCGUGGUGUCCGGCGGCGCCCUGGGCGGCUGUGUGCUGCCAUACGCGACGCGCGUGCUGCUCCGGCGCCACGGCCUGCCCGCCACCUUCCGCACGCUCGGCUGCCUGGCCGCCGCUCUUUUGGGGUGCGCGUGGGCGGCGUUUUGCUGGCUCGACACGCCGGUGGUGCGGCCCCGCGGCCGGCCGACGGCACGUCUGCUGGACCUCGCGCUCCUGCGCGACCGCCGCUUCCUCGUCCUGCUGGCCGCCACCAGCGUCGCCAUGACCGGCUUCCUGCCGCGCUACUUUCUCAUCACGCCCUCCGCCGUCGCCCAGGGCGUCGAUGCCGCCUAUGCCGCCUGGCUGCUCGGCCUCAUGAACGGCCUGUCCAUUGCCGGCCGCCUGGGCAUCGGCGCCUUUGCCGACCGCUACGGCACGCUGACGGGCCUCGUGGCGAGUUUCCUGCUCUGCGGCGCCGGCCACCUGCUGUUCUGGCUGCCCGGCGUCCUCCGCACGGGCCACGACGCAGUCGCCCUGCUGACCGUCUUUGUCGUCUUUGUCGGCCUGCUGGGGUCCGGCUUUGUCAGCCUGAUUCCCGUCGUCGUGUCCGACCUCUUUGGCAGCGACAACCUCGCCAGCAAAGUCGGCUUGUUCAACAGCAUUGUCGGUGUCGGCGUGCUGGCCGGCCCCAGCGUGGCCAAUGCCAUUGUCGCCGGCCGCAGCCACAGCGGUCACAAUGGUCACGGCGGCCACGACGACUGGAGCAUGGCCGUCGUGUUUUCGGGGCUGGCCAUGCUGGUGGGGGGACUUUUGCUCACGAGAACGUUUCGUUACUUGUAG